CCACGCGUCGCGUUCAGCUUUCACACAGUUCUUGACCUACCUCUCCAACACCACAACGCGCUUCUCCCACUACCCGCCGGUCUUGUCUUCAAACUUUGCAUCGCGCACAACUCUCGAAAUGUCGGACACUUGGACGCGCGCCAUGGACGACGAGUUCUUAGCCGAGCCUCUUCGCAGAAGGUCCCAGCCCCCCCCAAAAGCGCCGAGCGCACCCACACCCAUCGAGUCGGCUUGUUCAAAAGACAAAAUCUUUUCCGAACUAUUAAAACGUGAACUUGGUCUACAGGAUGAAGGCAGCAAGAAGCGCCGCAACUCGGCCUCGUCGGAACCGUUCACUCCGUCCUUGAAAAGAGCGCGCACACAAUCGGAGUGCGACAGGAUCCCGCGUCCUUGCACACCUCCCAACAAGAUCAUACCUCCAUACGGCCUGUUUCCAAGGCAUACACAUCCUUCGACACCACCGACACCAAAGCACAUAUGUCCUUCGACACCACCGACGCCGAGCCAGGUACCGUCGCUUUGUGGGAGCAGCAUUCCUUCAACGAAUACAACUCCUCAAAAGCUCCUUUGGACCCCGCAGCAAUUCGAUUUCCACAAAUACCCCGUCCCCUCUUCGCGCAACUAUGCAUCGAUGAAGAGGCCCAAGAGGCCCCGAAGACCCUUGGCAGGGCAUGGCGACGCUAAGUCGGAAGUAUCGCGGCUCUCUUUACUCACGUGGUUGGAUGGUACAGCCGACGAAACUUUACUGGAGCAUUCUGAUAAUGAAGAUAUUCUUCUGGGCGAGGACCAAGAUGCUAUACCCCCCAGCAGCCCUCAGAGUGACGAGGGUUCGCCGGGUGGCAGCGUAUCUGACAACGAGACGUGGGGUGAAUUAUCGUCAUCUGAAGAUGAAGGAGCGGUGCUACUGCCUCAAUUUCAGCAAUUCCUUCAAUCCGCUGUGAAUGAUCUAUACACGCACUUCCAAGAAUGGAAGAAGAAUGCCGGCCACCAAACUCGGGGAGAGCGGCAGGACAAUCAUCAAAGUGGCACCAGAUCCUCAUUUACAAACACGACCGCGUCAUCUACACAGCCCAAAGGCGGAAGGUCUAACAAAAGCCCUGGAAAGAGACGAUCCGGCGAUGAAGACGAAGACCGGGCGUCCAAGCUACCAAGGCUUGAUCCGAGCCGAGAGGAUCAGGACACGCGGCUGCUAGCAUGUCCAUUUGCCAAAAAGAAUCCUCUUCAGCAUCGGAAAUGCUUCAAGUACGUGCUACAGGAGAUAGCAAGAUUGAAACAGCAUCUCCUAAGAGUGCACCAAGUACCCAUCCACUGCGCUCGAUGUUCAAAAGUCUUCGACACAAUAGAAGAACGAGACCACCACUCCAGACAGCCAGAAUGUAUCGUUCAGCCACCUCGCAUAUUCGACGGCAUCAACGAGAGCCAGAGGCGACAGCUAGGGAAACGCAUCUCGUCCAAGAAGAGCCGCGAAGAGAACUGGUAUCUCAUAUACCAGAUCCUCUUCCCUGAUGCCGCACGCCCAGAGAGCCCAUGUAAGUCGUAUAGCCCAUCCCAACUAUAACACCUCGCUUACUCCGUGGUAGACAUCGAAGAUAUCUGCCUCUCAGAAGAGCUCCUUGCGAUCCGCGAAUUCGCCACACAAGCCGCCCCAGCGCGCAU